UUUCAAAACACAUUUGCGUUAUUAAAGCAAAACUAUACAACAGCAUAAUUUAUUUGUCAUUAUGUUAUUAAAAUUAUUACUUUUAUUUUCUACAAUGGCAUUGAUUUUAUGUAAAAUUAAUGCACAAACAGAACUUGCUGACGGAAAUGGUAUUUUUUCAACAAACAUAUUUAAGGUUCUUAAUAAUCAAGACAAAAAUAACUUUCUUGUAAGCCCCUUUUCUAUCCAAGUGGUGUUAGCUUUAACAAGUGAAGGUACCAAAGGUGAAACAUUUGAUCAGCUUACAAGUGCUGUAGGUAUACCAAAAAAUAUGAGCACUCGCCACAGAGAAUACAAAAUUCUUUUAAAAUCACUCAACAUAAAUUUAGAAGUUCUAAAACUGCUUUCAGCAAAUACAAUCUAUGUGCAGGACCAGAAUCCUUUAAAAGAAGAAUAUCAAGAUAUUGCCCGCCAGGUAUACUUUGCUGAUAUUCAAAAUAUUAACUUUACUGACAAAACUUAUGCAGUAAAUGUUAUAAACAAAUGGGUAGAAGAACAUACUUAUGACAAAAUUCAAAAUUUAAUAAGCCCAAAUAACCUUAAUGCCCUAACCAGUGUUAUACUGGUAAAUACUCUUUAUUUUCUUGGUAAAUGGGCUCAGCCUUUUAAAGUUGGAAAAACAAGAAUUGGGGGUUUUACUACUAUGUCAGGAAGUGUUGUUCAAGUACCUUUUAUGAAACAUGUUGGUAAGUUUAAGUACAAAGAAACCGAAAGGGCUCAAUUUAUAAGGUUGCCAUACAUACAAGAAAAUAAUACAAACGUUUUUAUGGUAGUUAUUUUACCUAAAACGGAUUUAGACUCUAUAGAUGUAAGUGCUAUUUUUCAAAGAGGAAUAUUUUCUGAAGAGGUAGUAAAAGUAAUUUUGCCGAAAUUCUCGAUGGAAACUUCCACUGAAUUAAGACCUAUUUUGCAAGAAUUGGGAGUUAAAGAUUUAUUUGAACAAAAAAGUGCCGAUCUAAGUGGUAUGGCUGGCGAAAAGGGACAACUAGUAGUUACCAAUCUAGUGCAAAAAACUUUUAUAAAUGUAACUGAAGUUGGAACUGAAGCUGGAGCGGCCACGGCAGUAAUUGUGGCAAGUAAAGGUAUUUUUUUACCUUCCAUAACAUUUAAUGCCAAUAGGACUUUUAUGUAUUAUAUAGAAGUUAAUAAUGUGAUCCUAUUUUCUGGUAGAGUUUCAGACCCAUCUCAAUAAAAUUCAUAUAAAAGUAAUGUAUAAAUGAAUUUAAGAUUAAUAUUAUAUUAACUAAUUUUAACUAAGUGUGCAAUGACAGCUAUUACCCACAAAGAUGACAUUCUGCAGCCCAAGGCGUAGGUAAGAGCUCUAAUCAUCUGAGUGGGUAAAAGCCAUCAUAGAAAAAGAAUACCUAUAGCUUUUGUGUGCAAAUUCAAUACUACAAAAAUGUAAAUAAAAAUAAAUCCAUCCAAUUUUUGUAUGCGGCAUCGCAUUUGCUUUUGGAUUUGCUAAAGAAUAAAUUUUUGGUUUUACUUUCCUCUAAUUUUAUUACUUAAGGUACAAGAGAUAUCUUCUCCUCAGCAAGGGCGUAGAAAAAUUUAAUCAAAUGCCAGGUCACUUAUGGGAGUAAUUAACGCUUUUCUACAAUAAAUUGCAGAUUUUACCUUUUGUCGUAAAAAUUAAAAAAAUAAAAAUGUGACCGGUGGCCAUUAUAUUUUAAUUCAAUGGGAUGUCU